AUGUCUGCUAAAGAAUCUUGGCGCACCAAGCCGAUCGCGCAGGACGUCAAGUACAACGAUGAGGCGCACCUGAAGAGCGUGCUCGGCCAGCUCGAUGCACUUCCUGGCCUUGUGUCGCCCCAAGAAGUGGACCGCCUGCGCGAGCAGCUCGGCCAGGUGGCCGAAGGCAAGGCCUUCCUGCUGCAGUGCGGCGACUGUGCCGAGCUCUUUUCGUACUGCAACCCAUCGCAGAUCGAGGCGAAGCUGAAGCUGACGCUGCUCAUGUCGCUGAUUAUUAUUCACGGUGUGCGCCUGCCGGUGGUGCGCAUCGGCCGCAUUGCCGGGCAGUAUGCUAAGCCCCGCAGCAAGCCGACCGAGAUGGUCGACACGCCGGACGGCAAGCGCGAGGUGCUCUCGUUCCGCGGCGACAAUGUAAACGGCCUCGGUAUCGAUGAGCGCGAUCCGAAUCCCGACCGUUUGCUGUCGGCCUACUUUUACUCGGCCUCGACGCUGAACCACAUCCGCAGCUGGCUGUCGAGCGGCGGUGCGGACCUGCACGCGCCGCAUGCUUGGAGCUUCCACCAUGUGCAGUCCGAGUAUCUGCAGCGUGAGUUUGCGCGGAUCGCGGAUAGUAUUGCAGACUCGCUCGACUUUAUGAAGACGGUCGGCGCCGAUCCCGGCACCACACCGGGCGGCAAUGUGCUCAACACGGUCGACUACUUUAGCAGCCACGAAGGCUUGAUGCUCGAGUACGAAAAUGUGCUUACGCGCGAGACGCCUUCUGGCCUGUACGACCUGUCGGCGCACACCAUCUGGCUCGGCGACCGCACGCGACAGCUGGACGGCGCUCACGUCGAGUUCUUCCGCUCGAUCCGCAACCCGGUCGGCAUCAAGGUGGGUCCGAGUAUGCAGCCGGACGAGCUGCUGCGCAUGCUCGACAUUGUGAACCCGGACUGCGAAAAGGGCCGCGUAACGCUCAUCUCGCGUUACGGUGCGAAGAAGAUCAACCAGCUGCUGCCGCAGCACAUUCGCGCCGUGCAGGGCUCGUGCCACAACGGAACGGUGGUGUGGUGCUGCGACCCGAUGCAUGGCAAUACGGUCUCCUCGCCGCUAAACCCCAAUGUAAAGACGCGCAUGUUUAGCGACAUCGUGACCGAGCUCGCGAGCUCGCUGCGGAUCCACGCCGAGGAAAACAGCCGCCUGGGGGGUGUGCACCUCGAGCUGACCGGCGACGAAGGCGUGACGGAGUGCAUCGGUGGAAGCAUGGAGCUCUCGGACGAGGACCUGUCGCGGAGGUACCUGACGCACUGCGACCCCCGCCUGAACUACGAGCAGUCGCUGGACAUUGCGUUUAUUAUUAGCGAGGUGCUCCGCGCGCAGCGCCAAGGAAAAACGGCCGCAGAGAGCGAUGCAAUGGUGCAAGCACUAGCGAACUCGAUCCGCGAGCCCAGUGAGUAG